GACCGCAGCCUUGAUGAUUCUUGACUUCGCCAUUAACGAGAGAGCCUAACCCUUCUCACGCUUUUAAAGGAUAUCUUGUGUUAUACUGGUCUCUUUCAGUGAAAACAGAAAAAAAUUAUAAACAUAAUGUUUGGAUCCACUCCAAAUACCGUUCUGGUACUGAGCCCGAACACGAAAAGGGAUUCCGGUAGGAAAGUACAAAGGGAAAAUAUCCAAGCAGGCAAGGCUAUUGCUGAUGUCAUUAGAACAUGUGUGGGCCCGCAAGCUAGGUUGAAAAUGCUGAUGGAUCCGAUGGGUGGAAUUGUUAUGACCAAUGAUGGCAAUGCUAUUCUUAGAGAAAUUACAGUACAGCAUCCAGCUGCAAAAUCCAUGAUAGAAAUUGCUAGAACUCAAGAUGAAGAAGUAGGAGAUGGAACAACAUCUGUCAUUGUUCUGGCGGGUGAAAUGUUGGCAACUGCUGAACUGUUUCUGGAACAGAACAUGCAUCCUACUGUUAUUAUAAGAGCAUACCGUCAAGCUCUGGAAGAUAUGAUUACAAUUCUGAAUGACCAAGUCAGUAUUGAACUAGAUUGCAAUGACAGGAACAAAAUGAUCCAGGUGAUAAACUCAUGUAUCGGUACGAAAUUUAUCAGACGCUGGUCAGAAUUGGCGUGUCAGAUUGCGCUAGAUGCCGUUUAUACGGUGAUGCUUGAAGAAAACGGCAGGCGAGAGAUUGACAUCAAACGUUACGCCAAAGUGGAGAAAAUACCAGGUGCCACGAUGGAGGACAGUGUUGUUCUUAAGGGUGUGAUGAUUAACAAGGACGUGACACAUCCAAAAAUGAGACGUUACAUAAAAAAUCCAAGAAUAGUACUACUGGAUUGUCCAUUGGAAUACAAAAAAGGUGAAUCUCAGACAAACAUUGAGAUAAUGAACGAAGCUGAUUUCACGAAGAUUCUGGAACUGGAGGAAGAACAUGUAAAGAAAGUUUGUGAAGAAGUUAUUUCAGUAAAACCAGAUGUCGUGAUAACAGAAAAGGGUAUAUCCGACUUGGCGCAGCAUUUUCUCGUUAAAGCCGGCAUUUCGGCAAUACGCAGAUUACGAAAAAGCGAUAUCAACAGAAUUGCUCGUGCUUGCGGCGCCACUGUUGUCAAUCGCACUGAGGAAUUAAAGGAGGAAGAUGUCGGCACAAGAGCUGGUCUUUUCGAAAUCAAGAAGCUCGGUGACGAUUAUUUCUGUUUUAUUACGGAAUGCAAAGAUCCUAAAGCCUGCACCAUCAUUCUGAGAGGAGCUAGUAAGGAUAUUUUAAAUGAAACUGAGAGAAAUCUGCAAGAUGCGUUGCACGUGGCGAGAAAUCUUCUUAUCGAUCCGAAACUUGUACCAGGCGGUGGAGCGGUCGAAAUGGCGGUAUCGAGACUCUUAACAGAAAAGGCAGCUGGUCUUGCCAGUGUUGAACAAUGGCCGUACAAGGCGAUCGCACAGGCCUUGGAAAUUAUUCCCAGAACGUUGGCGCAAAAUUGCGGUGCAAAUACUAUUAGAACUUUGACGGGAUUACGUGCGAAGCAUGCAACUGAAGGAACCACUUGGGGAAUUGACGGGGAAACGGGUAAAUUAGUUGACAUGAAAGAAUAUGGUAUUUGGGAACCAUUGUCUGUAAAGUUACAGACGUACAAAACAGCAGUCGAGACAGCUAUUUUGCUUCUAAGAAUCGACGAUAUUGUCUCUGGUAUUAAAAAGAAAAAAGAUGGACACGAGACUGCGCAGCCCAGCCAAGUCACAGAAGAAUCUAUGAAAGAAUAAGUGAAAGAUACUCAUGUAAAUUAGGUUCGGGUGUAAAUGAAAGGAUAAGACAGGAUAAGUUGAUAAGUUUCAUGUUACUCGUUUUACAUCCGAACCUUUCAUAUAUAUUUUCGACAUCCCCAUUAGAGCCUAAUUACUCUGUGUAUGCAUUUUUAUUUUCAAUAAACAUGGGUUUGCAGUCGAAAAAAUUU